GUCGGGACCGGGCUAGCCAGCCAGCGCACGCGGGCCGUCCUGGCGGAGCUGAGAGGCCAACACAGAAGCGGCCCCAGGGCGCCAGCCCCAGCAGCAGCACGUGCCGCGCGUCAGGCGGCCCCAUCCAUUGCUGCCGGAACCCAAGCGCGCGGCCCCGGUUCCCGGCCGGUUGGGCUUCCCCAGCGCUCCGCAGGCCGUUGCCAUGGCUCGGGGCCCGAGGGCGCGCGGGGGAUGAGGCGUCCCAGGCAUGGAGGAAGAGGACACGAGAGAUUACAGUGAACCUUGUUUACAGUGUUCUGUUGUAAACUGGGGUCUUACUGAUGAAGGCAGAUUUUAUUGCAAGUCUUGCCACAACGUCAUAGAGAGGACUAAAGAGGUUUUAACUUCUGAUGUUGUUCCUAACACAAAGAUCCAGUCCAUCUCCAGAGGCUUUAGAAAGAGAAAAAAAAUUGAUAAAGGCUGGGAAUGGUAUGUUUGUGAAGGUUUUCAGUACAUACUCAAGAAGCAAGCUGAAGCUCUGCAAACUUUAGGAGUGUGUCCACAGAUGAAGGAUGCAAUUCUAUGCAAUUUCUGGAGACGUUACCUUCAGAAGAGCAAGCAGGCAUAUUGCACCACACCAGUUAGUUAUACGAGCAAAACAUUAUCUAUAUCUGAUGUCAGUACAGAUGUGGAUAGUGAACCAGAGAGAAUAAGUAUUCAUGGCUUGUCAUCUUUCUCUGAAAGUGAUGGAGAUUUACAAACAGAAAGCAGCUUUGGAUAUGUUUCUUCCGUUGGCAAAGCCUCAGCAAGAGAAACCACAUCUGUCUGCUCCGGAUCGGUAGAUGGUAGCUCGUAUGUACUUAAGAGGAAAAAAGGGAACUUGAGGAUGUCUAUGCCAAUGACGCUUUCUUUCUGCUAUCUUGCAUUACUCUGGCUGAGAGAACCAGUGACAUUAUCAGAUCUCUUAAGGUUUGUUAUAGAUGGUCACAUUCCUUACUUGAAUGCUUUUCAGUAUUUUCCAGAGGAGAUGAAAUUGUAUGGAGUUGAUCUCAAGAUCUUUCAUGUAGAGUCUUGGCCUGUGUAUGAAGAUGUGCAUAACAAGAUGUCUGAACUUGCAGCUUUUUUAGAUUUGCCUCGUUUUCCAGCUGUAACUGAUAGCUGCUUUCUUCAUCCAAACAUCUUAUGCAUUAAAUAUCUGAUGGAAGCCAACUUACCUGAUGAAUUGCACAAUUGGACUUGCAGAGUGGUAAAAAAGAUCAAUGCUGGAGAAACAGACUUUCUGACACUUGAUCCUGUGAAUAAAUCAGCAAGGAAAGUAAAAUAUGAUGUUCUUGCUGCAGCCAUCAUUAUAGUGGUGCUCAAAUUACUAUUUUUAUUAGAUGAUCAGUAUGAAUGGUUACUUGCAAACUUGGCUGGAAAAAGAAAUCAAAAGAACAAAGAAGGCUGCCUGUGGUUUGAUUUCAAAAAGUGGUACAAGAUUAUAAAGAAGUCUGUGGACGUGGAACAGAAGAAAUUAGAUGAAGAAAGAGCCCGGUGUCUGUGGAAAUGUGAAAAACCACUAUUUUACUCAGCCAAGGAAAAAUCUGUGGUUCUUAAGAAAAGACAAAUGGUAGUGAACUUACAAAGACAGUUUGGCGCACUGUCUGGUUCAAGGCAAGUUGCUGAAAAGCAAAGCCCUUCAAGUUUCCAGUUAAAUUGGGCUGAAGAAAACACAGAUGGGAAUUGUUUUCAUGGGCAUAUCCUAGAGGGAGUUUUGCAAGAAAAAGGCAAUUCACUUACAACCAUGAACACCAAGUAUUGGCUGUGUACAGUUAAACUAUGUAAUGAGAAGAUAUGUGGACAACUGACACACUAUAAAGAAUCAGACUUUCCACAGAGCUACCAGUUUGUGUUAAACCUGUUCUCCUUCCUCCUAAGGGUACCAGCCUCUCUCAUCCAUGAAGAGGUUGUAGGAAUGGAGAUGUACUGCCCUAACCUUCUGGAACCAAGUGGAAAAAGCAACACUCAAACUGUGAAGAUCACCGGGAAGGAGCCCAGAGAUGGUUAGGAAGUCAGAGCUAGGUCACAGAAAGCACCUGGAAAGUUUUGCACACCAAGGGGGAAGAUUCAUUCAAAACUGAGCAGAAGGUCAGUGAAAGUGAUAUCUUGCUACCUUGAAACAAAAAUCUGAAACUUAGGGUGGUCUUAACACAAACAGGGAGUCAGAGUAGUAGGCUUGAGAUUGUGACAUGCUCUGAUACUAGGGAGAUUAUAUAGUGCCAACAACAACAAAAAUAAGUGUGUGUUGAGGGGGAGGGAGGAGACUGAGAUGUGACUUGUGUCACAUUCAUACUCAAUGAUUCAUAGUGCUUGUACAGUGCUUAGGUGCCUUAGGCAUAUCUAAGAUCUAAAUAGAAAUUGUACUGGGCACGUCAGACAGGCAUAAAGAGAGAGACCCAAUUCUGAUAAUUUUAUAUGUAAAUUGACUCAGAGAUAAAUUUCAUGCAUUGUGUUUUUAGUGCCACAAUUUUUGUUUAGAUUUUAAGAUUUGUUAUUUAUGUUGACCCUUCCUAGAGUUUUUAGGCCUUUUGGAAGAAAUUUCUGAUGUGGUUAUGAGAUACGCAGCCCCAGUUGCUAUUUUUAUCAGCAGUUACAUUCUUGUUAAAGAAUAAUGUAAGUUUCCUUGUCACUUUUUUAAAAAGUUUGAAAUACCUUCUCCUUUUAUACACUGUCUUAAUUGUAAAAUACUUAUCCUUUUAUUAGUCAAAAUGCCUUAUUCCUGUUACUAUAGUAUUUAUCAUUUGUUUCAGGUUCACUAGCUAAAAGACACAUAGUAUUUAAAGUAAUACGAAAGGCUGUAUUUAACUUCAUUUGAAAGAUUACAUAUGCUUAAUUACAGACAUAGCUUUCUUUUAAAGCUACUGUAGUGGUAAAAAUAGUGUGUGCAUACUCAAUCUGCGAAUGUAACAAUGCGCCCUUAGAUGUUGGAAUAAAUUAAAGUUGUGCUUUAAUAAACAGAAAUAAAGCUUGCAAUUCAUCA